AUGACUGAGGAAGAGCUGAAUGAGAAGUGCGGUACCAAAACCGUAUGGCAGGGUAGUGGGGUCCUGACUGAGAGGAUAGUGGAGUCAACCUUGGAGGCGCAGAGGCCCUUCAGUUUCCAUUACAGGGCGUACCUGUGGUUAGUACUUGGCGGUUGUUUGUUUUUGGACAAGAGUGGAAACCGUACUCAUCCUUCCUUCCUCAACGAGCUGUUUGUUGAGGAUGUUCAGAUUAGUGAGUACUCCUGGGGUUCUGCUGUGCUAGCAUACAUGUACCGGCAAUUGGGUACAACAUCACGAAGAGAUGCUGAUUCUAUCGCUGGCUGCCUUACGCUUCUACAGGCGUUGAUCUACGAGUACUUUUCGUGUUUCCGGCCUCAGCAGGGGACCUUGACCAGAGAGCUUGCUAUUCCUCGUGCGUCCGCCUGGGAUGUUGGAUCGGGGUGCCCUAACAAGAGCAUGGAGCGCCUUCUCGCUUUUCGGGCUAGGUUGGAUCAUUUGACUGACAAUGAAGUUAACUGGCUACCGUACGGAGUUGAUCCAGCACGACGCGUGCCUGCUACUCUUUUCAUUGGCUGCAUCCAGUAUCGUAGCAUCAUUGAGCCAUACAUGCCUGAUCGAGUGGUUCGGCAACUUGGAUACGUCCAGGGCAUUCCACCAGCCAUUAUCAGGCUUGAGAAGGCUAAGAGACCGACGAACUUGAAGAUGUAUCGGGUUGACUUUCCGCCAUAG